CCCGUCCGUAUCCAGUCGCCACGGAGCGCGCGUGUAGUGGGAGGCUCCGCUGCGCGUCCUGCGCGCCUCUUUAAUUGCGCAUCAGACAUUAAAAUCCCAGCUCACCGGCAGCCCGCUGCCCCGAGGCGGACACUCCGCGCCCCGUCCCGCCGUUUUUACUGACGCUCCGUACGGAGAAAGGGGUCCGGGGGUCCGGGGGUCCGGCGAAGGGUGGCGCCCUGCGCGUGUAGUCCAGAGCCCGGACGCACCGCGCGGCUUCCGAGGGACCGGGAGGAAGAGGAGGAGGAGGAGGAGGAGGAGGAAGAGGAGCAGCGACACGGUCCGCGCCUGCAGUCCUCCACCGGGGGCUCCACUGGCUUCACCGUGAUUUUGACAUUUCUCCCAGGAGGACUGGCAACAUGUGCGCGUGAAGUGUGACACGGCGGCUUCGCUUCGCGGCGGCUUCGCUCUCGGAUACGACGAGUACCCGACGUUACGGCGCACCGUGUGUAAUAGAGAACCAUGACCACUGUGGAGGAGGAGCCGGACCACAUGAUACCAUGAAGACAAGCCUGCAGGUCCUGCGCUGCCAGCUGCUGAGUGUUCUAGCAAUCCUAGGACUGGUGUCGUCAGCACAGGAGCUGUACCUCCACCAGACGUCCCGGGACUCCGUCUCCAUGGCAACCAGCCCAAGCAGUCUCCCGCCUCCCCCAAAACCCCCCUCCCAGGACUGGCAUCAGGAAGGCUCCAGCAGCGGGGAGUGGUCGUCCAGAGACGCUCAGCCAUCGAACGCCAUCCUGCCCACCGUCGGCCUCGCCGGUGGAGAUUCUCCCGCCCGUGACGGAGACGCCGUCGCCCCGAACACUGUGAGCGCUGACAGCCACGCCGGUCAGCCGCCGGAGGAAAGCUCUGACAGGGUCAAAGAUGGCUUCCCGCACAAAUCCGCCACGGUACCUCAACUCCAGUCUGCUGCCACAGCGGCUCCAAGCCUGGAUCCGACGUCCGAGUCCGGAUCAGACCGAGGGGACACGCCUGAAGCACGCCACAUGGAGUCUGAGACGCCGAGUGGGCGACCCACUGACCUCCCCUCCCUCUCCACCGCCUUAGUGGGCGUGGACGCUGCGCGAGGUCUGAAACUCAGGGAGCGUGUGGUCAGACCGCUGGAGCCGGCCGCACACCACACCAUCAGCCUGCGGGAGGUGCACACGGCAAACGAGCCCCCCACCGACGAGCUGCUGGUGGAGCCACAGGGCGUGUUCGCCGCUCCUGUCGGGAGCCCGCCGGAGAAUCUGACCAGCGCCGCACCCACCGCCGCCCUGUCCUCUGAGCCCGGCCUCCGAUCGGUGAACCUGACAGCCACCGCAUCUCCGAACGCCACCGAGGGAGGUGUGACUGCACGGGGUAACAGCACGGACGCCCCCCCGGCGGGACACUGGCCGGGGAAUGUAACGUCGCCGCAGGGCGGGCUGCUCUCCAACAGCAGCUCGGUCCGGGAGGAGCGGGGAAACAGCUCGGAGCCCCUCUCCACCGCCAGCGGGAACUACCUGAACAGGCAGGUCCCCGCCACCACCCAAGACCCCUGGGCCCCCGGCAACAGCUCGGGCCCCACCGUGGAACCCCCGCCGUCCCGCAUGACCAUCUGCCUGAGCAGCGUGGACAUCGUGUGGAUCGUGCUGGCCAUCAGCGUGCCGGUGUCCUCGUGCUCUGUGCUGUUGACUGUGUGUUGCAUGAGGAGGAAGAAGAAAAGUUCGAGCCAGGAGAACAACCUCAGCUACUGGAACAACGCCAUCACCAUGGACUACUUCAGCCGGCACGCCGUGGAGCUGCCCAGAGAGAUACACACUCUGGAGAGCGAGGAGCACGACACCUGUCUGCCCCCGAACGGAGACUACAGCGGCAGCAGCGUGGUCCUGGUCAACCCGUUCUGCCAGGAGACCCUCUUCAUCAACAGAGACAAAGCUUCUGCCAUCUAGAGACAGCAAACAAACAAACAAACAAACAAACAAAAACUGCUGGAUUCUGCUCCCCAACCCCUUUUCUCCUGUUGUUGUCUAUUUUAUAUAUAUGUGGUAAAUAUUCAGAGACUUUGACUUUCUACGGUAUAUUACAAACACAAAGAGCAACGUGAAAGAAGAGCGACGUAAACACUAUUUACUAUGGGGAUGCACCUGCAUAUUUUUCUGAUGUACAUUUUCUACAGAAAAAAAGGCUUAAUUGUGAUAAAAAAAAAACUUUUUAUUGUCUUUAUAAAAUACAGA